AUGGCUGAAUUGGUUUUGUGUGAACCCACAGAGCUUUACAACAUCCUGAAUCAGGCCACAAAGUUAUCCAGGUUAACUGAACCCAACUAUCUCUGUUUACUGGAUGUUCGCAGCAAAUGGGAGUAUGAUGAAAGCCAUGUGAUUACGGCUCACCGAGUGAAGCAGAAGGAAGGCAAGUACAUGGUCCCCGAAUCUGUGGACCUGGAGUGUGUGAGGUACUGCGUGGUCUAUGACAGCAACACCAGCUCCCUGGGGGUCAUCUUAGAGGACAACGACAGUGAAGAUUCUGACCGCAGUGACCAAGCCUGGGACAGUCUCACUAAGCGCGUCUGUGAGGUCUGGGUCAGGAGCCAUAAGCUCUUCCCUGGUGGUUCUACUACUGGCUGCCUUUCUCCCUCUCUACCUCAGGAACUGGAUACUUUCCAGCCGUACCCUAUUGAAAUCGUGCCCGGAAGAAUCUACCUGGGCAAUUUCAGCCAAGCCUGCAACCCUCAAAUCCAGAAGGAUUUGAAAAUCAAAGCACACGUCAAUGUCUCCAUGGACGUAGGACCAUUUUUCGUAGACAACUCUGACAAGCUUCUUCACAUCCAAGUGGAAGACUCGCUGGAAGCCAAUCUUUCUCCCUUUUUACGCCACCUCUGUCACUUCAUUGACAUCCACCUGGAGCUUGGCUCGGUCAUCCUGGUCUUCUCCAAACUGGGCAUCAGUCGCAGCUGUGCAGUCAUCAUUGCCUACCUCAUGCACUGGCAGGGGCAGUCUCUGAAGAGCUCCUGGAACUACAUCAAGAAGUGCAAAGGCAACAUGUGUCCAAACCGGGCUUUCGUGAACCAGCUUCUGCUCUGGGAGAAAAUUGUUCUUGGAGACCUCAUCACAAACAUCUUGGAUCUGCACUACUGA